AUGGCUCAGAACUCUGCAUCCCAAAAUCCCACGCCCCCCCCUCAGGUCGACCAACAGACCCGCAGCAACAUCGCCGAUGCCGCCGCAAAGGAUCCCCACGGUCAACACCAAGGCGGAGACGCCGCUCCCAAGGUGAAGACUGAGAAGGAGUUGGAGAAGGACCGCAAGAAGGCUGAAAAGCAGAAGAAGUUCGAGGAGAAGCAGGCGGCCAAGGCCAAGGCUGCCGCUGAAAAGGCUGCUGCUCCCAAGGCCGAUAAGAAGGCCAAGCCUGAGAAGGAAAAGACUACCGAUGCAUACGAUCCUAACGUCAUUGAGGCUGGCCGUCUCGACUGGUGGGAAGAGCGCGAUCUCUUCAAACCUGAGUUCGGUCCUGAUGGCAAGGUCAAGCCGGAAGGCUCCUUCGUCAUUCCAAUCCCCCCUCCCAACGUUACCGGUUCUCUUCACAUGGGCCACGCCCUGACCAACGCCCUCCAGGAUACCAUGAUCCGUUGGCAAAGAAUGAAGGGCAAGACUACCCUGUGGCUUCCUGGAAUGGACCACGCCGGUAUCUCGACCCAGAGUGUUGUUGAGAAGAUGUUGUGGAAGAAGGAGCAGAAGACUCGCCAUGACAUUGGCCGUGAGGCCAUGGUUAAUUUGAUUUGGGAUUGGAAGGAUGAAUAUCACAAGAACAUCAAGAACGCCUUGCGCAGAGUCGGUGGUUCAUUUGACUGGAGCCGUGAGGCUUUCACCAUGGACCCCAAUCUAUCAGCCGCUGUGACCGAGACCUUCGUUCGUCUCCACGAAGAGGGUAUCAUCUACCGUGCCAACCGUCUGGUCAACUGGUGUGUGGCUUUGAACACCUCUCUUUCUAAUCUCGAGGUCGAGAACAAGGAAAUUGAGGGCCGCACUCUUCUCGAUGUGCCCGGCUACGACAAAAAGGUCGAGUUCGGUGUUCUGACUCACUUCUGCUACGAGAUCGAUGGCACUAAGGAGCGCAUUGAGAUCGCCACCACUCGUCCCGAGACUAUGGUCGGUGAUACCGGUAUCGCUGUCCACCCCGAUGACAAGCGCUACCAGCACCUGAUCGGCAAGAACGCUCGCCACCCCUUCGUGGACCGUCUGCUUCCCAUUGUUGCCGAUCCUGAUGUUGAUCCUGAGUUCGGUACUGGUGCCGUUAAGAUCACCCCUGCCCACGAUUUCAACGAUUUCAACCGUGGCAAGGCCCACAACCUGAAGUUCAUCUCCGUUUUGAACGAUGAUGGUACCUUCAACAAGCACGGUGGACCCUUCGCCGGCAUGAAACGUUUCGAUGCCCGUUACAAGGUCAUUGAUGCCCUCAAGGAGGCUGGCUUGUACGUCAAGUGGGAGCACAACCCCAUGAAGGUGCCUCGUUGCUCAAAGUCCAACGAUGUCAUCGAGCCUAUUAUGAAGCCGCAAUGGUGGAUGGCCAUGGAGACCCUGGUUGGCCCCGCCAUCGAGGCUGUUGAGAAGGGCGAUAUCAUCAUCCGCCCCGAGAGCGCCGAGAAGAGCUACUUCCGCUGGAUGCGGAACCUCAACGAUUGGUGUCUGUCCCGUCAGCUCUGGUGGGGACACCAGGCCCCCGCUUACUUCGUCGAAAUCGAAGGUGAAGAUGGCGAUGACAGUGACGGCAACCUCUGGGUUACCGGCCGCACUGAGGAGGAUGCUCGCAAGAAGGCCGAGGAGAAGUUCCCCGGUAAGAAGUUUACUCUUGUCCGUGAUCCCGAUGUUCUUGACACCUGGUUCUCAUCUGGUUUGUGGCCCUUCUCUACUCUGGGCUGGCCCCGCAAGACCCACGACUUCGAGAACUUGUACCCUACCUCAGUCCUCGAGACCGGUUGGGAUAUUCUCUUCUUCUGGGUUGCCCGUAUGAUCAUGCUGGGUAUCAAGAUGACUGGCCAGAUUCCCUUCCGCGAGGUCUACUGUCACUCCCUGAUCAGAGAUUCCGAUGGCCGCAAGAUGUCCAAGUCUUUGGGUAACGUUAUCGACCCCCUCGAUGUCAUGGAGGGAAUUCAGCUGCAGGCUCUUCACGACAAGCUCCAGCUUGGUAACAUUGCCGAGAAGGAGAUUGCCGCUGCUACCAGAUAUCAGAAGAAGGCCUUCCCUAAGGGUAUUCCCGAGUGUGGUGCCGACGCUCUGCGCUUUGCUCUCGUUUCUUACACCACGGGUGGAGGUGAUAUUGCUUUCGAUAUCCAGGUCAUUCACGGCUACCGUAAGUUCUGUAAUAAGAUCUACCAGGCCACUAAGUUCGUCCUCGGCAAGCUCGGCGACGACUUCAAGCCCCAGGCUGCUGUCAAGAAGACCGGCCAGGAGUCCCUCUCCGAGCGCUGGAUUCUGCACAAAUUCAACCAGGCCGCCAAGGAGAUGAACGAGGCUCUCGAGGCUCGUGAAUUCUCCAGCACCGCUCAGAUCUCCUACCAAUACUGGUACGCCCAGCUGUGCGAUGUCUUCCUCGAAAACUCCAAAUACCUCCUUGCCGACGAGACUUCCGCCGAGACUAAGGAGUCCGCCAAGCAGACUCUCUACACAGCCCUCGACGGUGCCCUGACCAUGAUUCACCCCAUCAUGCCCUUCGUCACCGAGCACCUCUGGCAGCGCAUUCCCCGCCGCGCCGGCGAUGAGACCAUCUCCAUCAUGAAGGCCAAGUACCCCGAGUACAUUGCCGAAUUCGACGAUCCCGCCGCGUCUAAGGCCUAUGAGCUCAUCCUCAACACCUCGAAGGCCAUCCGUUCCAUCCUGUCCCAGUACGAAGUCAAGACCCAGGCCGAUAUCAUCAUCCAGACCUACGACACUACCAGUGAAAAGACCGUUGCUGAGGAGAUGACCACCAUCAAGUCCCUAGGUGGUAAGACCCUCGGCGAACUGUCUCACCUCGGUCCCGAGAACAAGACCCCUCCCUCCGGCUGCGUCGUCGCUGCUGUCGGUGCCGAGGCCGCUGUUUACCUCCGCGUCUCUAAGGAGGUUGCUCUUGAGCAGGAGGAGAAGGCCAAGGCUAGCCUUGAGAAGGCUCGCGAAAGUGUCCGCCGUUCCCAGGGUAUCAUGAACGGCCCCGGCUGGGCUGAUAAGGUCAAGGCUGAGGUUCGUGAGCAGGAAGAGAAACGUCUUCGUGAUGCCGAGAGUGAGGCUGCUCGUCUUGAAGAGCAGGUUAAAGAGUUUGAGAAGCUGCGCUUGGAGUAG